GCCGUCGCCACCACCACCAGCCGCACUGCCGCCGCCUCCUCCUUCCCCCUCGGAUGUGAGAGCUUCAUGGUGCACUGGUGGGGAAGCUGAGUUUGUAAACUACCCCAAUGGAUGCAGAUAGUGAUGUUGCAUUGGACAUUUUAAUUACAAACGUAGUCUGUGUUUUUAGAACCAGAUGCCAUUUGAACUUAAGGAAGAUUGCUUUAGAGGGAGCAAAUGUAAUUUACAAGCGUGAUGUUGGAAAAGUGUUAAUGAAGCUUAGAAAACCUAGAAUUACAGCUACAAUUUGGUCCUCAGGAAAAAUUAUUUGCACAGGAGCCACAAGUGAAGAAGAAGCUAAAUUUGGUGCCAGGCGAUUAGCCCGAAGUCUACAGAAACUUGGUUUUCAGGUAAUAUUUACAGAUUUUAAAGUCGUUAAUGUUUUGGCAGUGUGUAACAUGCCCUUUGAAAUCCGAUUGCCAGAAUUCACAAAGAACAAUAGGCCUCAUGCCAGUUAUGAACCUGAACUUCAUCCUGCAGUAUGUUAUCGCAUAAAGGCUCUACGAGCUACAUUACAGAUUUUUUCAACAGGAAGUAUCACAGUAACAGGGCCAAAUGUAAAGGCUGUUGCUACUGCUGUGGAACAGAUUUACCCAUAUGUGUUUGAAAGCAGAAAAGAAAUUUUAUAAUUCACCACUUAAUUGGUUAGGUUCCCUAACUGAGCACCUUUUAAAACUGCUGCACAUUGGACUCAAGGCAAAAGGAAAACUGGACCAACAGUAACUGAGGAAAUAGACUCUUUUAUUUGUUCAUGGCCACAGUGUAAGCUCCAGUCCCUUUGGAUUUUAUUUUGAACAGUGCUGUAAUGUAAAAAGUUUACAAGACAUGAAAUUGCUGCUUUUACAAAAGGACAUUCUAUUUAUUUUCGCAGUAAUUGUCGUGUCAUAAGCAGAGCUGUCACGGUGUGCACUACCUUUAAGACAUAUUUUGGUUGGGUUUUUGGGUUUUUUUUUGGUUGUUUUUCAGUUUGAGCUAAUGUGUUUUAUUUGUGAAUAGUCUUUUACAUUUUUGUAUGCUGAACAUGGGCACCAAAGAAGCUGUAAAAGUUAUCUUUUUUCAAUUGAUGAAUGUGUGCACAAAUAAAAGUUUGGAAAAGAUCUCUCUUCAUACCUAUUCUAUUAUUUUUCUUCCCCAUUUUCUAUUUUAACUGAAAUUGUAUUACUCAGAAUUCAUUUUUUUAAACUAUGCAAACUUAGUCUUUUGCUGAAGUGUUUUUUGGCUUCCAUUUGAAGUGUAUUUUGUAUAUAUGCCACAUGUGUACAGUAUGUUCUUAAUGCUGUGUUACCAAAUGUCAGUUUUUCUUGCAAAUUAGAAAUAAAAAAUGUAUAUAAACUAUA